UGAAAGAAACGUUACAUUCAGCUGUUUGUGAUUUCCAUAGACUUGGACUUUCAAGGGACUUCAAGAACAAUGAUUUCCCACUUUCCCCUUAUAUAGCAUCUUCCCCCACAGGCCCAGAUAUAUUUUUCAGAGCUGAGUGUGGUCUUUCUUUCUUUCUUUUUUUUUUUUUCAAGAUUUUAUUUAUUUGACAGAGAAAGAUCACAAGUAGGGAGAGAGGCAGGCAGAGAGACAGAGAGAAACAGGCUCCCUGCGGAGCAAAGAGCCUGAUGUGGGGCUUGAUCCCAGGAUCCUGAGACCAUGACCUGAGCCAAAGGCAGCGGCUAAAUGCACUGAGCCACCCAGGGGCCCCGAGUGUGGUCUUUCUACUUAAAAUUUUCAUCGCCCAGAGUGCCAAUUGUCCCCUGAUUCUUUACAAAACAUCUCCAAAUAGAACUUGUAAAGACCGUAAUUUUCUUUCAUUUACACUUAAGAUGGAGAAAGUAAGUUUAAUGGAAUGACACACUUGGAAUAAAGGGAGAAGUAAAUGCAAAGCUAGAGGUUCAUCACUCAUCAGCCUAGAUUUCAAUCUGAAGACGAAAGCAGAGGCCCUGUGCUGUAGGGACUUACAUUUUAGUUUGAGAGCCUCCCAGUUCAUUAACAUCCCACUGUUUGUAAGUUGUAGAAAUUAAACUGUAUGUUGAGAGGUUCCUGUUCAGAGAAGGUGAAAUUCUCUUUGGUAAAGAACAUUGGAACAGCUUUUAUCCUAAUGCGGUGUGUUCCAUAAAGAGCCAAGAGCAGAAGGAAAUUCAUAUUAAAGUGCUGGCAGAAAUUAAAUGCUUUAGAAAAGAUUCUAAACCUAAAUGUACCCAAUGCUGCUGCCUGCCAUCUAAAAUAAAGAGAACGUUAAAAAAAAGAAAAAAGCUUGGUUUGCUUUUGGUAUUUUAUUUUUAGGUUUUAAAGUCGUUAUGCUACCAUUAGAAGUACUCAUUGCUUUCACGUGUCUCUUUAGAAUGAGACAUGGUACCUGGAAAUUGGGCAGCGUGCACUCUUCAUAGUCACUGUUUUAGGGGAAAAAAAAUCUCUCGUGUCAGUUGUUCUUUGGAAAUGGUAAAAUUAAUUCAGAAUAUUAAGAAAUAUUAAGAAAAAUUGAAAGAACUUAUUUAAUUUUGAUUGAUACAGUCUCAUUGGCACAAAAGGUGUCAUUUUUAGUCUGUGGCAGGCUGCCAGUCAGAAAGAAUUUUUUCCUAAUAUUUAGGAUGAGGUUUGAAAUAGUCACUUUUGUUGUCUUUGGGGACCUUCUUCAGGCAGUAGAACAGAUAAUUUAAUUCAAUUCCAAAUAUUCACAAUGGUUUUUUUCUUUUUUUUUUUUUAGAUUUUUUAAAAAAACUUAUUUAUUUGACAGAGAUCAUAAGUAGGCAGCGAGGCAGGCAGAGAGAGAGGGGGAAGUAGGUUCUCUGCUAAGCAGAGAGCCCGAUGUGGGCUUGAUUCCAGGACCCUGGGAUCGUGAUCUGAGCUGAAGGCAGAGGCUUAACCCACUGAGCCACCCAGGUGCCCCUUCACAAUGGUUUUUAAUAAAUAUUUCUUCUUGUAGAAAAUUGGACUUUUCCCUUAGGCUCCUUUCACCAUUUCACCCUUGUGUGAUCUGGCUAGAUUUCAGAAAUCAAGCAUUGGCUUUCCUGCUUAUUUCUAGAGUUUUAGAGAUUUUAUAGAAGUAAAGUUUGUCUUUGAAAAUUUACCAAAAGAGGGACACUUCCUUCAGCUCAGGUCAUGGUCUCAGGGUCCUGGGAUCGAGCCCCACAUCGAGCCCUGCAUCGAGCUCUCUGCUCACCAGGGAGCCUGCUUCCCCCUUUCUCUCUCUGUCUGAGCCUGCUUCUCCCUCUGCCUGUCAGUCUCCCUGCUUGGGCUCUCUCUGUGUCAAAUAAAUAAAUAAAAUCUUAAAAAAAAAUAAAAGCCCAAAAUGUAAUGGGUUUUCUAAUCUAUUUUAUUUUUUUUUUAAUUUUUAAAAAGAUUUUAUUUAUUCGACAAAGUGAGGGGGGGGGGGGAGUAGGUUCCCUGCUGAGCAGAGAGGCUGAUGUGGGGCUUGAUGCCCCAGGACCCUGAGAUCAUGACCUGAGCUGAAGGCAGAGACUUAACCUACUGAGCCACCCAGGCACCCCAGGUUUCUAAUCUAUUUUAUUUUGGUCAGCUUAUAUGUACUAAUAGCCACACUGACAGUUUUUUCUAGACUCACGUUUUAUUAUUUUUUUUAAAAUUAUUAUUACUUUUUUAUUGUGUUAUGUUAGUUAUCAUACUAGACUCACUUCUUAGAGUUGCUAUAAUUCUCUGCUUUCUUGGUCCUAUUCUUCUCUCUGUCUCUUUACUUAAUUGUAGGUACUUUGGUCUAUCAGACCACUUACAGUUUCUGUUGCCUGAGCCAGUUUGUCUAGCUGAAAUUCAGUAGCCUGCAAUUGUUUUUGUUGUUGUUGUUGUUCUGAGGGACUUUAAUUUGUUCAGAGAUCCAAAGCUUGAUUUUUGAUUUGAUCUUUGCAAUAAAGUGGAGCCUUUGUUACUCAAAGUUUUUAUAAUUUGAGAAUAGAAGUAUUGUUUCUUCCAUCCUACAUGUUCCCAUAUUUCCAGAUUUCUCUAUUCCCUUUCAUUCUGGCCGAUUCUUUUCUAAGCUCAUUUCUUUUUUAUAUUACAUUGUCAAAUGCACUCAAUAGUAACAGACAUAUGCUACUAAUUUUGCUUUUUCACACCAUUAAAAAAAAAAACUACAAUCUAAUUAGGUACAUAAUCUGCCUUCCAAGCUAUCACAUGUGAAAGCUUUACCAAAUGUUUUUCCACUACAUAAUAUGAAUCACCAACCUUCUAAUCUCUGAUAAUUAUUUUCUAAUUACCUGCCUCUCAACCAAAGCCAUGUAUUUUGAUUGUGUUGUGGAUUGUCUUUUUUUUUUUUUUUCUUUCUUUUGAGUUUAGCAAUGCUCCAGAAAACCAAUUGUAUAUCAAUCAGGAUAAAUUAUAUGAUAUCUGUGUGGCAAAUUAUGUCUUAAUUUCAGAGACCAGAACAAAAUUCUACUCCUUGGUCCAUGAUGGGUCAACAAAAAGAAUGCUCAGGGUAGACAUUCACAGGGACAUAACAGCAACCACAAACUUUUUUUUUUUUUUAAGACUUAUUUUUUGGGGCGCCUGGGUGGCUCAGUGGGUUAAAGCCUCUGCCUUCGGCUCAGGUUAUGAUCCCAGGGUCCUGGGAUUGAGCCCCACAUUGGGCUCUCUGCUCAGCAGGAAGUGUGCUUCCUCCUCUCUCUGUCUGCUGCUCUGCCUACUUGUAAUCUCUGUCUGUCAAAUAAAUAAAUAAAAUCUUAAAAAAAAAAAAAAAAAGAAAUGAGAAGGGUUAGAAAAAUCAAAAAAAAAAAAAAAAGACUUAUUUAUUUAUUUCAGAGAGAGAGAGAGACAGCAGGAGUGGGAGGGGCAGAGGGAGAGAGACUCCCUAGUAGACUUCCUGCUCAGCACAGAGUCCGACUGAAGACUCCAUCUCAUGACAAUGAGAUCACAACCUGAGCGGAAAUGUGGAGUCAGACACUUAACCGACUGCACCACCCAAGCAUCCCAGCAGCCAUCAAUUUACUGCCGGAUGUCAUGCCAGAAGAAAAGAGCUUUGAAGGGUCUUGAAAUAGCAAUUAAAUUCUUGGUCCGCAAAUGUCCCUUUCAUUUGCAACUCAGCCAGAACUAAGUAUAUGGCCCCACCCAACCAUAAAGGAGCUUGGAUGUAUAAUUCUACUGUAUGCUUGGAAGGCAGGAAGCCAAAACUGUGCAAUGAAUAGCGUUAAUGAUAUCUGGUUGGUAUUGAAAAAAAAAAAGAUGCUCAUUCUUGAAAGAUACACAAAGUAUAAUCACACCCAGAUAAUGGUAGCAUUUUUAUGUCCUCCUUUCCAAUUCUUUUCCCCCAACCAUAUAUCACAUUUCAUUUUGUGACUAUACCCUAUUUCUAGGGUUAUUAUUUCUCAUUGUAGGACAUUAGAUUGCUUCCAAUUUUCCACAUUUAUAAGUGCUUUGAUGUAAAUAAACCCUUUUAUAUCCUGGAAUACAAAUGUUUUUCUGCAAUUCUAAUCUUAUCUCACGGUGAUAAUUACUAGGUUGAUAGGGUGAAGGAUAUAAAUUCUUUCAAGGAUCUUGAUAUAUAUGGCUGCAAGUGCUUUCCAGAAAGGUAGGCAUCAGUGUGUACUCUUUUUUUUUUUGAAAAUAUAUCUAUUUAUUUGACAGAGAGACAGCGAGAGAGGGAACACAAGCAGAGAAAGAAUCAGCUCCCUGCUGAGCAAGGAGCCCAGUGUGGGGUGGUGGGGAACCAACAUCCCAAGCCCCUGGGAUCAUGACCCAAGCAGACACCAGACCUUAAUGACUGAGCCACCCAGGCGCCCCUCAGUGUGUACUUUUAUUUUAAGUACAGUAAGGACAAUUUCAUUGCUCCCUUUCAGCAUUGGGUACUACUCCUUUAAAAAUGAUUUUCUUAUUAUGCUAUUUUUAGAAGUCUUCACAAUAUAUACGUCUUAUGAAAUUAAAUAACAAGAUACAGAUGAAAUAUCAAGUAAUGGGUUUCAUUUUUGUUUUUUUGGUAUCACAAAUUAAAAACAUCCAGGAAAAUGUCAAUUUCAUUUCCUUAAGCUACGAUUCAGAGCAAAGUGCAGUGAGAUGGGAGGCCUCGUAACUGGGGCUGUAAGAGAUUAAAAUAUUUUUUUGGAUGCCUUUUCAGUAAUAAGCUGCUAGAAUUAUUUUGACUACAUUUGGAGUCAUGUUUGCUCAAGGAUCUUUUGGCACAUUAGGGGAAGAAAAAGUUUUCCCUAACCCUCCUAGAGUCCCUGACUAGAUCUGAAAAUUAAACCAAUUAAACCAAAUUAACAGGAGAAUAGCACAGACAUGUAUUUAAUAUAAAUUUUCUGUGAUACGGGAGCCUUCAUAAGGAGAUGAAGACCCCAAGAAAUUAUUAAACCCGAGUGUUUUUAUGCUAAAGCUGAUGAUGAGUGUGAAGUCAUAAAAAGUGGAAGAUGUUAGGACGAAGAGUGUUCGCUAAGUGUAAUAAACACUAAGGGAAACAGCAAGGCCUGUUCAUUCAGAUUCCUUUCUGUGUCCUUUUGUCUUUGGAGGUAAAGCUUUUCCUUUCUUUUGGAUACAGGGAAGAAUGAGGGUUACAUAAAACACUGAAGAGUUUUAUGACCUGCUUCAGGGGAAUGUCAGAAAGUCUUUCUUGCACAUGUCCUUUCUUUUAUUCCCUCAGUUUGAAAAUUCAGUAUGCCAAGCUGUCAUAUUUUGGGGGUAGCAUUUUCCUGCGUCCUGUCAGCACGUACAAGCUGGAAUAGUUGGAACAUACAAGGUUAAGGGUCAUUCUAAGGUUCCAUGGCACACAUGGGUAGACUUCCUGACUCUAUCCUAGAUCUCUUGUUAUUCCCUGGAGAGUGUCCCAGCUUGGCUCGUGGUGCUCGUGUCCAUUUACAGUUAAUCUUUGUUCCCACCUCCGGCCCAAAGCACAUCUAUUCUGCUUUCUCUCUUCAUAUGUUUGUCUUUUCUGGUUAAACAGAAGUAUACAACAUAUGACCUUUUGUGUCAGACUUUUUCACUUCGUCGAUGUUUUUGAGCUUCAUCUUUGUAUCAUGUAUUAGUAGUUCACCCCUUUUUAUUGCUGAGCAGUAUUACAUUGUAAAUAUAUAUAUAUAUAUAUAUACUAUAUAUAUAUGGUGUAUUUUGUUUAUCCUUCAAGCAAUUGAUGGUCAUUUGGGUUAUUUCUACUUCUUGGCUAUUAUAUAUAAUGCUGUUAUGAACACUGGCAGUCUUAGUUUGGACAUGAUGUUUUCAUUUCUCUUGGGUUAGUUCUCAACGAGUAAAAUUUCCUGGUCACGUGGUAAAUUUAUGCUUAAAUUUUUGAGAACUGCUAAACUGUUUAAAAAGGUGGCUAUAACAUUUUACUUUCCCACCAGCGAUGUAUGAGAGUUCUCCUUUCUCCACUUUCUUGACAACAUGUUAUUAUCUGUCUUUUUGAUUACAGCCAUUUUAGUCAGUGUGGAGUGGUAUGUCAUUGUGGGUUUAAUUUGCAUUUCUUUAAUGACUAAUGAUGCUGAGUAUAUUUUCAUGUGCAUAUUAUCCAUUCAUGUAUCUUUGAAAAAAAAGUCUAUUAUUCAAUUUUUUGUCCAUUUUUAAGUUGAAUUGUCUUUUUAUUUUUGUGUUGUAAUAGUUCUUUGUAUAUUAUAGAUACAGAUCUUUUAUUAGAUGUGUAAUUUGCAAAUAUUUUCAUGGUGUUCUUUAAUUCUAGUGGACUAUCUUAGCAUGAUGUUGCUGAAAAAAAUUCAGUAGCUUAAAACAUCAGAACUUUAUUUUUCAUUCAUAUAUAUUUUGUUAUGGGUCCAGGCGGCUCUCUAGUGCAAAUGUGUUCUGCAUAUUGGCUCAGUGGUGCAUGUUCCCUUCAGUGCAUUCUUCUUUGAGCACCAAGGACAAGAAGAGAGCAUUGGAGACUCUUGUGCUGCCAAUGGAACACUUCACCCAAAUAGGAGACAUGUCAGGUCUCCUCUCUUUCACAGGCUGAAUGAAUGAUAUGGCCUUGACGAAAUCAAAGGCUGAGGAAGGGCAAUGCCUCCAGGUGCCUGAAUUGAGAAGAUCAAGCAACACUGGCAUCCGUUUUGGAAGGCAAGGAAUCCAAAACUUCUGAAAGAACAGCUGCAGUUGCUGGUCAUUUGGCUGACCUUAUUAAUGAUCAAUUGCGGACCACAGUAAUGAAGACUCACUUCCAAGAUACUAAGAAUGAAAGUGGGGUUGUUGGAAAUGUGAUAAAUCCAACAAAAGCCAGGGGAGUUGCAAAUGUGAGGUUCAAAGGAAAAAAAGAGAAUGUCAACAGAAAACAGGAACGCUGUCAGGUAGAAAAGUCUGGAUCUACUCCGUUCACAGACCCUCAUUGCCAUGAAAAGGUCUUCAGCUCUGUGGAAGCUAUCCUCGAUCUAUCUGUUUUUAGGAGUCAAGUCCCUCUAGAAAGUCUGGUAAUGGAUCUGAAAAGGAAAAUCCCAACUUUACGCUUCAGUCCUUUGGAACCUAAUGGAAGAAUCUCCGUCCAAGGAUCAUUUCUGGCUAUCCAGAAGCUCAAAGAAUCUUUGCUAUUAAAAGCAAGUUUUCUUUUAGAAAAAAACAGGAAUUUUAUCAGUGAGGGGAAAAGUCCGAAUAGGCAGAACCCCAGAAGGCAUCUCCAGAGAAGAAGCUCCUCAGAGUCGCUCAGGUCCUCAGUACCUGAGGCCACCAGGAGAGGAGAAACGCUUGUUCUCGACACAGAUAUUUUCCUCUACCUCAAAAAGAGCAGAUUUUACAAAAACACAUUGAAAACCUGUCAAGUUUUCUGUGAGGAAAGAGUGGAUGGUGAAAUUACCACAAUUUGUAUAAAAAAUGCUCAAGAAUGUUCUCAGCCAAAUAAUGAAAAGGUUGUAAAAGCACUUUUUGAGGAAUAUUCACUUGCUCUUCACUUUGAACUGAGAAAGGAGACACUCACUUUGAAAGGAAAGGGAAGUAAAGAUAAAAGAAAUAUUAAACUGGCAUGUGAACAACUCAGUUCAAGGUUCCCUCAGGUUCAGAUUAAUUUUUAUGAGACACACAUAGACAUUAUAGGAUCAUCUUCUGACACAAACUUGUUUAAAAAAGAGGUCACGGAAUUAAUAAGGUUAGAAAGUUAGACAAUGAGAUCUCAGCAGUAGUAAGGACAAUGGCAGUUGCUUUUCCUCGCAGAGUAGUGAGCAGUGUCUGACUAGCUUUACACACAUUAUCUCAUUUAAUCCUUGCAACCAUCCUUCAGUGUAGACCUUGCUAUCCUCAUGUUGUAGUGGAAGAACCUAGGAUUUGGAGAGGUUAAAACUCUUGUCUGGAGUUAUCCAGUGGACAAGGAACGGGGCUGGGGUUAAACUCGGCCUAUCUGACUACAAAAAUAAUAUUUAAGGCUUAAAACUUUGAAAAAAAAUCUCUUUAAGUUUGGAGAAAUCUCACUUUCUCUGUACCUCCAAAUUUUCAGAAAGAGAAAUAGCCUUAAAUCUAACACAGAAGAUGUUUGGAUGAUUGUUAUGCCUUUGGCCAUUUCAUAGCAUUUACUCCAAAUAGUUUGUUUACUCCAAACAGAAUUAGAACGCUGGCAAAACUCACUUGGAGAAGCUACUUUGAUUGAAAGUACUUCUGAAGCAGGUAAUCAUUACCUGACUAAAUCUGAUUGGUACAAGGCUGCUGGACCAUGUGGGACAUUUUUAUUGUUGCUUAUUUAGCCUAAGUACAUACAUAAAAUGCUGGUUCUCUUAGAAUUGUGAAGAAUUACAAAGUAUAGUGUCUUUUUUCUUUUUCCUCCCUUUAUUUUAUAAUUACAUGGCUAAAGUAAUAGCAUUUGAGGAAUAAAAACAUAGAUGUUUCCUUAAAGAUGACAGAAGGAUUUGAAAAUUCUGGAGAAGAAUUACUGGAGAAGGGAAAACAAGAGCUUUUAAGUUAUUUGGUUGUCUAUGACUCCCCUAAAUUUAACUUUGGGAUAGUUUCAAGUGCCUGGGGCACAUUAUCCUAGGAUGAUAAAAUGUAUACAUCUUGCUCAUCUCAAAGUAAAUAAAUGUGGGGAUGCCUGGCUCAGUGGGUUAAGCCUCUGCCUUCAGCUCAGGUCAGGCCUCUGCUCAGCAGGGAGCCUGCUUCCACCCCCUCUCUGCCUGCCUCUCUGCCUACUUGUGAUCUCUCUCUCUUUGUCAAAUAAAUAAAUAAAAAAUAUUAAAAAAAAGUAAAUAAA